AUGCUAAAAUUCGCUAGACCACAAAUCACUAGAAACCUGGCAUGUUUACGAAGCAGUUUUACAACCACUUCACGCCUGGGCACAUACAAGGAAUGGAAACAGCUGAGUGACGAUGAUAAGCGGAACUUUAUCCACAGCUACGUGAGUUUUUACAAGGAGAAACAUCCUUGUAGCAAGAGCAAUGUCAUGUAUCGUUCACUGGCGGAGGGAAUGGACGAACAUGGAGAUAUCCCCUAUGUGUUCGGCAUCCUUUACAAUGAAAUCAGAUCUGUUACUCUCGGCGAGUCGACUGAGAACAAGCGUGGCCAGGGAAUACUGGGCGACCCCGGCUUGCAAUCGCUGUUGAAAUGA